AUGAAAAUUAUAAAGAAUUCAACUAAAGAAAACAAUACUUUAGUUGUAGUUCCAAACUGUUUAGAUGAUAUUUACGUUUUAGCUAAAUUAUGUAAAAGUGGUGAUUUAAUAAGUUCAAGAACAACUAGAAAAUUAUUUCAAGACAAGGGAAGUGGAAUAACAAGAAUAACAUGUAAUUUAGAAAUAAAAGCAGAGACUAUUGAUAGUGAUUUACAAGAAGGAAUACUUUUUGUAAAAGGAAAAGUCUCAAAGAAACAUGAAAAGGUUGCAGUUGGUGUUUAUCAUUCACUUUCAAUACCACUGGAACAAUUAAUGUCUAUUACGAAGCAGGAAUGGACAAAAAAUGAUUGGAAAAUUUUAGAAGAAACCAAACAAACAUCAAACAUUAGUUUAUUUGUUGUAUUUUUUGAACAAGAUUGUGUUGUAUCACAAGGUAACCAAAAUAACAUUCAUAUAAUUAGCAAGUUUGAAUCAAAACCAAAAAAUUUUACUCAAAUUAUUAACUCUAUUAAAAUGAUUAAAUUUAAACCUGAGUUUAUAGUUAUUACAGGUACUUUUGAUCUCUGUAUACAAUUUUAUAAUCAGUUUAAAAAUAAUUUACCUAAAAACACAAUGGGAUUUAAAAUGCCAUCUGAUUAUAGGGGGUUAACUAAUUCAAAAUUUAUUAGUAAAUUACUAGAAGAUCCACAAUACAAACAUUUGAAAGGUAGCAUGGGUGCUUUACCGAUUUCAGAAUCAGUUGAAAAGUUUAUUUCUGAUGUAAAUAAGAUGGAUGAAAAAGUUGUUUUGGGAUGGAAAGAGAUAAAAGAAAGCUACAAAUUCAAUGCACUUAAAACAGUCUUUAUCACUGAUGAAAUUUACAAACCUAUCGAAAUUGAAAAAAGAAGAAAAAUGGAUAGGUUUUUAAGUGCAAUGAAUGAAAACGAUAUAAAAGUUAUUGUUGUGCCAUUUAAUACUGAUUUGGGAAAAAGCUUAUCAGAAUUUGGAGGCAUCGGUGCAAGACUUAAUUUUAAAUUUAAAUAA